GGAAAGAAGGAAGAAGAGAGAGUUUCCGUUGUCAAAGAAGAGCGCGAGACGGAGGAGGAACGCAGGAAGAGGUUCAUAAUCGAACAGCUAGAAGAAGAAGAAAGGGAGCUGUUGGAAAGGAUUCCAAAAGUUCUGAAAGAAGUAACGCAAACGACAGAGUCUGAAGGAUGGGUUCAGCGCAGCAGCGCUGAGGUAGCGAAACCGCGAACAGUAGAAACAACGAAGCGUGUAGAAGAAGUGGUUGAAGACCGUCGAGCACAGAUGAUGGAAACGACUCGUCCAGAGGUGAAGACCGUUACAACAACUAAAACAACGGAGGAAGAGGAGGCAAGACAUCUACCGCUUGGCGGCGUUCAAACCGUCACAACAACCAAAACGACGGAAGAUGAGGAGGCAAUGCGGAGAUUAGCUCAGUCUCGAAUUCCUCAGUUAACAAAGCGGGUCACCACCACAACCACCGCGGAUGGUUUCGUUCAGCAUGUACAUGAUGAGCUCGCCCAACCAACUCAGGUGUCCACCACAACUCGAAAAGAGGACGAAGACGCGCAGUGGAAGCGAACGGUAGCGAUGAGGCAUGCGCAGCCAGUAACGGAAAAGACAACCACGACGACGGAGACCUCCACCGUUAUGCAGGUUUGUGCG